UGUCUCUGUGACGUCACAGGAGGAGUUAGUUGGUCCGGGUGGUCAGAAGGGGCGCUAGACCCCAGAAGAGAAGACGUCCCGGAUCCCGUACCCGUCUGCAGAGGCCCCGAUUUCAAAGGGCCAGACAGGAUUCCUGGCGGUGACAGGGGCAGAGCCCCCGCCCCGAGCGAGAACGCCCUGGGGACACAGUCGUCAGAAAUGUUCUCAAGCGUUUUUUAUCUGCUUGUACUAGCAGUUACCCGCAGCUCAAUUGUCGAAGCAACUGGUUAUAUCGGAUGCCUUUUUAGCGAGGACUUAUGUAACGAAGCUACACAGUGGUGUUUCGACGACGGAGCUUUUGGAAAAUGCAUCAACAGACUAGACACCGCGGACCCAGAAAGUUUAUACAGGCACGAACUAGACAAGGAAGAUCUAGACACGUUGGAAUACGAAUUGGAAAAGUUGUUGCAAACGGGCUACAAAUGGAGUCAUAUGCACACCCAGUGCGUCCUCCAUGCUUUGCUGUAUUCCUUUCGAACCGGAAAUGACUUUGAAAGGGCCAUAUGCGACAGGCUGAAAGAAAAAGACCUAGAAGACGCACAAGAUACUAAAGAUUCUGAAAAAUCACCUUCACCAGUGAACGUCGCAUUUAUCAAGUACACGCCCAGCGAGGAGAACCCAAGAUCGGAUUUCGCGGAUGAAGUCUACUUUCCUCCGAAGCAGCAGCCUACGUCGUUCGAUGAGCUUGGGAAGAACGAGGAAGAAGAACCUCUAGCCGGGGUCGUACGGAGGUCACUUCCUCCUGAGCAAAAAUGGAACCAUUUCUCGACCCUGUACAACACACCGGCGCACUUUAGAUCCGGCUUCGAGCUCAAAGACCUGCCAGAUGACUCAGAUCCGAUAGAAGGGGGCUUUUUUCAAGAGAUAGUCCCUGACAUUGAUAAAGAAGAAGAUCUGGGAUUUAUUCGAGCACAGGAUUAUUAUCAGAAUGAAAAAAAUCCAAGCACCGUAUACACAGAAGGAGGUGUGCUGUACAUGCCAGAAACGAGCAGGAACAAUUAUAUGACGAAGGAAGAUUUGCUUGAGAGCCUGGGUUUCAAGAGAAGAGAGAGGCUGGAUGUCAAAAAGCCUGGGCCGCCGUACGGUCCAACUUUUCAACAAACGACUGUGAACCCAGAGAAGAAGUCGUCGAAUGAAGUUGGACAAAAAGAAGUUGUUGCAAAUGAACUUCCAGUUCGUCCAAUCAAGAGCUUGCCGUGGUCGAAAGCAAAAAAGUUGGCAGAACAGACCGACCCUGAUCUCUACGACGUCGUUGACACCACAUACGCUUACAUCCAGUUUCAAAACUCAAUAAGAGAAUGGAAAGAGGGAUCGAGGAUCGUGAAAGCUGUAGCAAAGCUUCUCAAGGUGACACCGAAUAUAUUCAGCCACGAAAGAGUGGACAGAAAUGAAGUGACAUUCAGGGUUAACGAACCGAACAAGUUCGGACUGAAUGCUUCUGAGGUAGCAAGAAGGAUUGAUGGAAUUAAAGACGAGCUUCGUAGGGAAACAGGUGUCAUUGUGACUUCCACUGGAAUUGGCGAUAAGGUUAAACUACCAUCGGUGGUGCAUCUGGACGGCAGACCUGACCACCAGGUCUAUAUCGUUACUGUCAUCGUCUGUGGAGUGCUGGCCGCUUUGGCGUUGUCUGGAGGCGUUCUCUACUUGACUAGAAAGCACGGGCACAAGCUCAAAAGCAUGACUUCUGACACUGAACCAAGCAAGCACUAUCAGGACUUAUGUCGAGCAAGAAUGUCAACUAAAACAACCCAACAGGCACAGGACUCACCUGCACCAGCUCAACGAAUCACCAGCCUAUCAAAAGAAAGCGAUAAAGACAGCCCAUCAUCAAGAUCGAGUACUUCUUCAUGGAGUGAUGAACCAGCAUUGACAAACAUGGACGUCUCAACAGGCCAACAAGUUUUAACUUAUUUGGAAGAACACUUGAAAAACAAGGAACGGCUGGACUCGGAAUGGACAGCGCUUUGCGCUUAUGAAGCUGACCCAUGUGCAACAACAAUAGCACAGAGACCUGAAAACCUACAAAAAAAUAGGUAUCCUCAUGCUCUUCCUUAUGACCAUGCUAGGGUUGUCCUAAACGAAUUGUCCAACAUCACUGAAUCGGAUUACAUCAAUGCUUCAGCAAUAGCGGAUCACGAUCCAAGGAAUGCAGCAUACAUUGUAGCUCAAGGACCACUCCCUCAUACAGUGCCAGAUCUGUGGCAGAUGGUCUGGGAGCAAGGAUGUGUGGUACUCGUCAUGCUGACAAGGCUCGAAGUAAAUGAAACCCAACUUUGCCAUAGAUACUGGCCAGAGGAUGGCUCUGAAAUUUAUCAUAUUUAUGAGGUCCAUCUAGUCGGAGAGUACAUGUGGUGUGAUGACUAUGUCGUGAGAAGUUUCUAUCUCAAAAAUUUGAAAACAGGCGAGACAAGAACAGUGACACAGUUCCAUUUCCUUUCUUGGCCGGAAGGAGGUGUUCCAACAGGGACAAAGUCACUUCUUGAAUUCAGAAGAAAAGUAAAUAAAUCAUUCAGAGGAAGAUCUUGCCCAAUUGUGGUACAUUGCAGUGAUGGCAUUGGACGGAGUGGAGCUUAUUGUUUGUUGGACAUGGUAUUGAACCGAAUUGCAAAAGGUGCAAAGGAAAUUGACAUAGCAGCCACUCUCGAGCACAUCCGCGAUCAGAGGGCUGGAACAGUCUCGACAAAGGAGCAGUUCCAGUUUGUUCUCACCGCAGUGGCUGAUGAGGUUCAGGCAAUCCUCAAGGUGUUACAACAACAGUAGAUUAAUUGAAAAAAGGAACACUGAAUCAAGCAUAUAUCGCUCCCAAGAAAUUUGGUAACUUAGAUUCACUCAUGAGAAAAAUAUCUCAUCCUAUUUUAUUUUAUUGGUUUAUUUAUUUUUAAAUGUUCUUAUUCAGAAAAUAAAAAAGUAAUAACAUCUAAUCAGACAUUUUAAAAUUUUGUUAAGAUUUUAUAAGCCAGUUAUUUAUGGAUGAUUUUUAUUUUUUUUUAAUACAAAAUAAUGAUGUAGCAAUAUUACAUUUAGGACUUUUCCUAACUUUUAAAAAAUCAGCAGUCAUUGAUAGUUUUACAUAUUUUUGUAAAUCAUCAGGGGGUCAGGAAAUGCCGUCCAAAAUUAUUUUCAAAACAGAGUUGGCAUUUUUAUUCAUGACAAUCUUUGCAUUAGUUCUUUAAAAAACAAAUAUUUUUGGUACUGUGACACAAAAAUUUUGGGUGAUCUGGUGGAGGCAUUGAAUAAACGAUGUUACAAGACAUUAUUAUUUUUAAUAAAAGAAAAGCAAAGAAAAAAUAAAAUGCGGUUUGUGAAAGUUCCAAAUGUACUUUUGUUGCAUCAGUUAUUUAUCUUCUGUUGAGCCAUAGUAAUCGUGAAUACAGUCAGGGGGCCUAAUACGCAAUAUCUUACAUAUUGUAAAAGCGCUGUUUGAAAAAAAAAUAUAUAGUUCUACUUGAAAAUAAGAAAUUUCGUAUUUAAGGAAAUUAAAAUAUCAUAAUUAUAUGUUUUAUGAAGUAGUUCUAUGUUUAAACAAGCCAUUCUUUAAAUACAUUUUGAAUAAUGCAGUAAAAAUGUUUGUGAAGGAGAUACAUAAUAAAUUAAAUAUAUAUGGAAAAAAUGAAAUCUUCCUGUUUAAUUCAAAACUAAAUAAAUAUAUAUUUUUUCUGUCUCAAAAGAUAAAGGAUUUCCUAUUCUAUUUUUUAGAAACAUUAGAGUGACAUUUUAGCAAAUAUAGAAAAUCGUCAAAAUAUAUUUUUGAAAUUUUGUUUUGCUCUCUUUAUUGAAAGUUACAUAAUGUGUUUAUGUUUAUGCUUAUGCACAGCAGGUUGUUUUUAUGUUAGAAUUGUUUUAAAUGUUUAUCAAUGUUGCACAGUAUGUAAGUGUUUUAAUAAUAUUGUAGAACUUCAGGUCUUAGUUUUAAGGAUAUUUUAAAAUAAAAUUUUGGACAAGUGGGAGGUCAAUUAAUUAGGUUUGUGAGAAUGAUGGGGCUAAACAAAUGGUGCUUCAAGUUCGCUUCUAUUUGUUCAUUUUUUUAUCUAUUUUUUAAUUUUUUAUUUGUUUAUUUAUUUUUUGUAAUAUGAGAAGGACUGAUACAGAAGAAUAUGAAAAGUUAUCGCUCAUGAUAUUAAACAAAAAAAAUAAUUAACAAUCUAAAACAGAUUCAAAAAAAUAAAAUGCCUAUCGAAACACAGAUAUAGUCCUAAAAAAUUAUUUAUUUAAAAAAUCCAUGGUUAUUAUUUCAAUAAAUAAAAAAAAAACAGUGUUUUCAAUUUGUUUCAAUAAUAAUGAUUAAAAAAAGAAGAGUAAGAAAAUUAAAAUACAGGAGAAAUCAAAGACUGAAGGGAGCCUUUUGUUUUUUCAUGGAUUGUAUGGGAACUAAAUUAUAACAAAUGAAAAAAUUGUGGACUUGACGGUAACGGAGUCACUGUACCUGAGUUUCGUGCAGGCAUUCUGGGAGUUGAUAAGUUCCACGGGUGUUGAUAUGGCCAGUGAAGGAAAGAUGACUUUGUUCAAAAUGCCGUGCGAAUGAUGACAACAUCCCGCAGUUCUUCACUCCUUGCCGUGACUAUGGUCAAUACAAUUUAUGCCUCUAGAUGUGUCGAGGCUGAGGAAAACAAAGUCAGCACUUACGGCCGUAUUUUGUCGUAUUGUCAAGAUUAGCAAAGCGACAAAACAUGUCCUGGAUUAUCAAAAUAGGAUAAUGUUUUAUGAAAAAUAAUAAUGGAAAAAAUACAAAAAAAAUUAAUAAUAAAUCCUUUAUUGGUGUCAUUAUAUCUUCUACCCUUUCCUGUUGUCAGUUGUGUGUUUAUUAGGAAAUGUGCCAAAAAAAUUUAAAAAAUUACUACAAGGCACCUUCAUUUAAAUGUUUAAAACAAAUAUCAAGGAAAAAUUUACUGUCUUGCACAUUUAUAUUUAGAUUUAGAUUGUUAUUCUUCACUACUGCUAUGCCUAAUUAUUUUAGUCAAAACCAAAGCUUUACCAAAAAUUCUAUUUUUGUGUAUAUCGAUGUUGUAACACAAAUUUAUGCUAAUCAUAACAAAAAUUAUUGUAUUAGAAGUUAAUAUAAAUAAAUAUAUACCAAAAAUAUUAUAUAUAUUACUACAAUGUUGUAAGAGAGAAAGAGAGAGAGGAUCUGUUGUUAAAUUUGAUGUGAUUAUAAGCAGGGAAUGAUAAUAUAAUAAAUUGCAAGUACAAACCAA